GCUGCAUUAGCUUCCGUGUUUGUGUGAUCAGGGAGUGCACAGCCGGAGGAGCUUCACUGUUUCAUUCAUUUGUGAGGAGUAACGUCAAGCAAGUGACCAGCAGGGAAAAUGUCGUGGCAUCCGAAACAUGUAUUCGCCAGCCUCCCACAGAUGGAGAGGGGCGUGUCAAAAGUGAUCGGAGGCGAUCCUAAAAACAACAACUUCUUGUACACCAAUGGGAAGUGUGUCAUCAUCAGGAACAUUGAGAACCCGGCUAUUGCGGACAUUUACACCGAACAUGCCCAUACAGUCACUGUUGCCAAGUAUUGCCCCAGUGGAUACUACAUUGCAUCUGGGGAUAUAACAGGGAAGGUUCGUAUCUGGGACACUACCCAGAAGGAGCACAUUCUCAAGUACGAGUACAACCCCAUUUCAGGCAAGGUCAAGGACAUCGCAUGGUCGGACGAUAGCAAGAGGAUUGCUGUUGUCGGGGAUGGACGAGAGAAGUUUGCAUCAGUGUUCCUGUGGGACACUGGCUCUUCAGUGGGGGAUCUUUCCAGUCACAGCAAAAUAAUCAAUAGCGUCGACAUAAGGCACACACGUCCUUUUCGCCUUGUCACUGCCAGUGAUGACACCACUGGCUCCUUCUUUGCGGGGCCUCCCUUCAGGUUCAACUUCACAAUGCGUGACCACACACAGUUUGUCAACUGUGCUCGUUUCUCUCCAAAUGGAGCCCAUUUUGUCACCGCUGGCGCCGAUAGCAAGAUUUUUCUCUAUGGGGGAAAGGAAGGUGAAAUGGUGUGCUCUCUGGGUGGAGAGAAGGCCCACAAUGGAGGAAUCUAUGCUGUCAGCUGGAGCUCUGACAGCACCCAGCUGAUCUCUGCCUCAGGCGACAAGACCGUGAAACUCUGGGAUGUUGCUACAGGUACAGCCGUCACCACCUUCAACCUGGGCACUGAUGUGACAGACAUGCAGCUGGGCUGCCUGUGGCAGAAGGAUCACCUCCUCAGCAUCUCCUUGUCAGGAUACAUUAACUACCUGGACAAGAACAACCCUGACCGACCCAUACGCACCAUCAAGGGUCACAGCAAAUCUAUUCAGUGUUUGACAGUUCACAAAAAGGAUGGAAAACCAUACAUCUACUCGGGAAGUCAUGACGGACACAUCAAUGUCUGGAAUGCAGAAUCUGGGGAGAACGACUGCUUCACGGGGAAGGGUCACAGCAACCAGGUGAGCAAGAUGGUGAUAGACGAAGCCGAUGAGCUGGUGACGUGCAGCAUGGAUGAUACACUGCGCUUCACCAACCUCAAGAAGUCGGAGUACAGUGCUGGGGAUGUGGUGAAGAUGGAUCUCCAGCCUAAAGAUGUGUCCAUAGCAGCAGGAGGGCUGACACUGUCUGUGUGCAUUGGGCAGAUUGUGUUGCUGAAGGAUAAGAAGAAAGUCUUCACAUUGAAUGAUCUCGACUAUGAACCAGAGGUUGGAGCUCUCCACCCUGGGGGCACCAUUGCUGCAGUGGGCGGAGCAGAUGGGAAAAUCCGUCUGUACUCCAUUCAGGGCUACACCAUGAGGGACGAGGGUAAGACUGUCGAGGCGUCAGGGGGGAUCACAGACAUGGCCUACUCUAAUGAUGGAGCCUAUCUGGCUGUCAUUGAUGAUAAGAAAGUUGCCACUGCUUUUAUUGUGGCUGACGACUACAAGGUCAAAAAUAAGUUUUACGGACACCACGCCAAACCAGUGACUUUGGCCUGGUCACCUGACAAUGAGCACUUUGCGACCGGUGGGAUGGACAUGAUGGUGUAUAUCUGGACAGUUAGUGAUUCGGACAAAAGGAUAAAGCUCCAAGACACUCACCGGUUGCACCAUGUUAGCGGCCUGGCCUGGGUUGAUGAGCACACUCUUGUCACCACCUCCCAUGAUGCCUGCGUCAAGCAGUGGACUAUUCAAUUCUGAGCUGCAAAGAGACAAACAUCCACAUCUCCAGGGACAAGGACUACUGUAGAUUUCAAUCUUUUUCUUUUCUUUUUGUCUUCUUUUUUUCAAAUUUACUGUAUUUUCACUAUCUAUACGGUAUACUAUGCUGUCUGUAAACAUCUGAAUUGUAAAUGGUUAUAACCAGGGAGAGCUCCCAUAAAAAUUAUUCAAGAUACGUCUCUCUGAUGCGAAUAACCUCAGUUUACACAGAGACAAAUUGUUGAAAUAUGCGAUGUAACCAUGAGUGCUUUUACAUCCCUGCGAGCUUUAUGGACCCACAGUAAUAUUUGUAAGCUCAACAUUCCAUAGGUAAUAGCUUUCACUCAGUUGAAACUGAUAGCCUUGUAUGUGGUUUGGCUCAGUGUUUCCCAACGUAACGGAUAAACUAAAGUUUCUUUUCUUCCUUUUUUUUAAAAUCAACAAAAUCAUGUUUGAAAGAAAUGAAACCUUUUGGUUACAUUCCUUAAAUGAGACGUAACUGAUUCUAACUGCAGUUUAUUUUCAAGGUUUUAAGGGUCUGGGUAUUUUUUGCUUUGUCAUAGGUUUUCAUACUUUUUAUGUUUCAUAACUCUUCCUGUUGGACUGGGGAGCAAUAAUAGGAACUGAAAGAACAAAGUAUGUAUACAAUCAAGAUGCUGUCUGUUCAGUUGAAGGUCCCGUGUUGUUGCUGUGUUUGUUUGGACCCACUAUGCUUGUCGCACUUACUUUUAUUGCCUAUGUCUUUAUGCAUUUGCUUCCAAUGUGGAAGUGAUUCAAUAAUAAUAACAAUAAAAAACACUUUUUAUGCA